GACUAUCCUAGUCAACACUCAACACAGUAUCCUCGCCAUGGCUAAGCCUGCGAGCUCAGCAUCAGACUACAUAGCAUCCCAUCCUGACCUGCGCGAUCCAUCCUCGUCCUCUUCUCCCAUUGCUUCACUUUACUCUUCCCUCUCAUCGUUGCGCUCAAGGAAUCCCUCUGCCUAUCACGCAAAUGUGAAAUGGUGGUCGACGACGCUUCACGAUUGGGCAUGGCAAGGGGUACAGAGCACGCCAUCCAAUUCGCGCCUCAUCCUCACUGUAGAGCCAUCCCUGGCGGACGCCCUCACUCUCAACGACGUGGCUAGACCGACGGCCAUUCCAACGGCAGUCGCUGCCAUGAUCAAGGCAGGCGAGCUCGUGGCCCUCGAGGAUUACCUCGCUGCCACCAAGCAGAUACGCAAAGGGUCCCAGCCAUCACGUUCAUCCUCUUCUUCCUCCCUCAUCCCUACUCCACGCCAAGUCUUGUCCUUUGUCGUCGCUCGCCCCUUUUGGUACGCCCUACGCAUGGCCGGUCUCAGCUCGUCAGACGACGAUGACAUUGCUGGCAGCGCACACUACGAUGAGGACGACGACUGGCCGCGCGUAUCAGCAAAGUGGGUCUCGUUACCCAACGUCGAAAAGGCAGCAUCCCUCGUCUUGUCUCAACCGAUGCCCGCUUCCCUCUUGUCAUGCCCACUCUUCUCUCUCGCCUCGUUCCGCUCUCAUGUGAGACAAGCAUUGCCUCACCUGACGGCCGACGUCGACUUUGAUGUGUUGCUCAAACACCUCGCAAGGGACAAGCGUGUCGCAAUCGUACAAGGCGACGUUGUCAAAAUUGCCCCUGAUGGGGCAACCCAAGUCAAGCCCAUUACAGAAGAGGAGCAAUCCACCUUCGCCGUGAGAGAGACGCAGACGCGCCUCGCAGCCCAAGUACAAGACAUCGAGGCUCGCGUCGAUCAGCGUACGAAGGAGAUCAAGUCGAUCAUUGCCUCUCAGCCCUCCUCAGCUAAUGCCUCAUCCUCACCACGUAUCCGACACCUCCUCUCAAGUCGUCGCGCCCUCAACGAUCUCCUCGCACGCCGACUAGACAGCCUAUCUCAACUGGAAUCCGUCCUUUUGCGCAUCGAACAAGCACACGAUGAUGUAGCUCUCGUCGCCGCCUACGACUUGGCAGGAGAGGCACUUCGCGGUUUGCACAAGCAGAGUGGAGGAGCUGAAAGGGCAGAAGAUGUCAUGACGAGGUUGCAGCAGAGCAUGGCAGAUCAGAGAGAUGUCGAAGAGGCCAUGCGCGUAGGCGGAGCGGUCAUGACCGAAGGAGAAAUUGAUGAGGAUGAGUUGAAGGAGGAAAUGGAGAGGAUGGAAAGGGAGGAGAGGGAUAAGCACUCCACUGCACAGCCGACAGAGGAUAAAGAGACCGCUGGGACAGCGGCAGCAGCUCAGGAAGCUCAAUUGCGGGGUCUCGCUGCUCCCACGACGCCACAAGAGGGCGCCGCAGCAACGUCUGAACCAGCUCGCGCACAACAUCAACUCGAGAAGCUCAACGCAUGAACAUCGUGGUGCAAGCGCGACAUUGAUUGAUUAGCUUCUGCUGGUCCGAAACGAAAUGAUUAAGAUACCCAUCUCUCUCUCGCCUUGUACGUUAUUAUUCGUGAAAUGUCUACGCGUGUGAGC